AGUGCCGCGUGUGUGCCUGUGUGUGUGGAGAGAGAGAGAGAGAGAGAGAGAGAGAGAGAGAGAGAGAGAGAAACACCAUGAAGUACUUUGCUAGACCAUUACGUAAGGUGUGUGGACGGCAGUGUUUCUUGGUGGUGAACGUGGUGGUGGUGGCGGUCAACCUGUGUCUGGGUCUAAUGGUGAACCUGGCCUUCAUGUCAUCAUCAUCAUCACCACCGCCGCUCACCACCACUCUGGCAGCCCCGGACAACCUCACUACUCUGAUGCGGUCAGGCGGCACCGUCCCAGCGGCAUAUGGCCUGACAGACGCAUCAGGAAACUUCACCUCCCACGCCUUUGUUUGGGCCGGGCGGGCGUGGCAGGAGGUGGUGGGGACGGCGCAGGUGUGUAUGGCAACCCACGCCUCCACCCAACACCUCCACUGGAUCGCCACGCACGCCAGAAGGUGGAGUGGACCCAUAUCUGUGGCUGUUUACGCGGCUGGAGGUGAAUAUGUUAUUGCUGCUGGUAUGGUGUCUUAUCUACGGCAGUGUGUGGAGGGUGUGGAUGCCAGAGUGUCCUUCCACCUUGUCCACCCACGAGGGCACCCACCGGAGUCCACUAAGAGCCUUCCACCAGUUGUAACAUGUGGUAACGCUGAGGAGGUGAAUCGCAUAAUGGUGGCAGUGGUAGGAUUGACUUCACAGCGGUAUCCUCGAUAUCCCCAGAAUCUCCUCCGCAAUGUGGCGUGGAGAGCUUGCCACACUCCACACGUCUUCAAUGUGGAUGUGGAUAUGAUACCAGUGCCGGAGAUGUACCCAAGGUUGUCUGAUUUCCUAGGGUCCCGUGUGGCGUGUGGUAGAUGUGCCUAUGUGGUUCCUGUGUAUGAAGUGAGCAGUAAGGUGUCCCAGCCCCCCCAGGACAAGAUGGAGCUGCUCAGACUCCUCUUAAGUGGCAAGGCGAGGAGGUUUCAUUUGAAGGUCUACCAGAAGAACCAAGGCAACACACACUUAGAACACUGGGAGGUUGAGAGACACGCGUUCUUCGCCUACCAGCCCUUCUCGGUUCUCUUCAACAUUUCAAGCUACGAGGAAUUUUGGGAGCCUGUGUUAGUGUUGCCCAGAGGUUCCCCGCCCUUCGACGAGAGAUUUAUCGGCUACGGCUUCACCAGGAGUAGCCAGGUUUACGAGCUUCACGUGAGAGGAUACCACUUCAGUGUUCUCGAUGAGCCCUUCCUGACUCACCUCGGCUUCCAGACCACUGCGAGCUAUCCUACCUCACGCUUCGCCCAGAUUGAGAUCAACCACAUCCGGUACCAAAUGUUUAAAAAGGAGCUCCAUGCAAGACUAGGCCUACCCCUGCCUCCCCCCCUCCCACCCCCCGCCUCCCGUGUGGCCGCGCGCAUACGACUAAUGCUCAGAGGAAGGAAGAGAGAGGAGGAGGGAGAGAGAGAGAGAGAGGGACAGGAGACAAGAGACGCUGGGCUGUGAUUGGUUAGUUUGGUGGUGGUGGUGGUGGGUGGUUGUUGUUGUUGUUGUAAUAGUAGUAGUAGUAGUAGUAGUAGUAGUAGU